AUGACUGGAAAAUGGACAGAGAGUAUGAGUUAUCAACCAUGCGAUGAGGAAGGAAAACCGCUUUCAGGAACUGAACCAAAAGAGAUGUGGAGAGUUCCUGAUGUUCCACUCAAGGAUAAAUAUCAGUUUACAUACUUCUCACAUAAGGGAGAACUAUCAAAAGUCAGCAAGGAGAAAAACAACCUAGAGGUGAGACAGAGAAAGGAAAGGAAAAGUAGAGAAGCCAACGGCGACACAUUUACUCCAAAAUGGUUCGACUUGACUAAUGAAGUAGUAACUACACCAUAUGGCGAAACACCAAUUUACAAAUACAAUUAUAAGUAUAAUGAACACAGAGCAAAAGUGAAUAGCUUAAUCGAGGUUGUGCAACCGAUUGAGUUCAACCCUUGGCAGUAUGGACAAGAAAAGAUGGCUUAA